AUGUGUGGUAUUUUUGCCUAUGUGAACUAUCAUGUGCGACGGACCAAACGUGAGAUUCUCAACACAUUACUGGAUGGACUUAAAGCUGUGGAGUAUCGUGGUUACGAUAGCGCCGGCGUCUGUGUAGAUAACGCCAACACGAAAGAGCCACUCGCCUGUAUUCGCAGUGUAGGCAAUAUUGAACAACUGCGAUCGUUGGUAUUUGAUAAGGAACAUGCCGCUACAUUGGAGUUGGAUACGGAGUUUGAUAAUCAUGUGGGAAUUGCCCAUACACGCUGGGCCACACACGGAGUUCCGUCUGUUUCCAAUUGUCAUCCACAGAUGAGUAAUAAUAAAGAGUUUGCCAUUGUGCAUAAUGGGAUGAUUACAGACUUUAUGUCUGUGAAGGAAAUGUUAUUGGAAAAGGGAUAUCACUUUGAUAGUGAUACCGAUACGGAAGUGAUUGCGGUAUUGGUGGAAUAUCUCUUCUCACAGGAACCAACACUCUCCUUUGUGGAACUCACAGCAAAGCUUACUGGAAUAGUGGAUGGGGCGUAUGCAUUAUUAAUCAAAUCCAAACAUUUCCCUGGAGAAUUAAUUGCUUGUCGAAAGAGUUCACCACUGGUGGUGGGUAUUCGCCAAGAAAAAAAGAAAACAACAACAACAACAGCAGAAGGUGUGAAUGGAAAUAAGAAUGGUGCAAAGGAAAAUGAAAUUGUAUCCGAUGCCUGUGAGAUUUAUUUAGCCUCUGAUGCGAAUUCCUUCAUUUCUUAUACACAAGAAGUUGUUUUCCUGGAAGAUGAUGAUAUUGCCCACUUUCAUGAUGGUGUACUUUCCUUCUAUACAACCACUUCUUCUACAGAUGAGGAAAAUAAUAAUAAUAAUAAUAACGAUAAUGCUAAUACUACUACUACUGCGAAGGUUGAGGCAAUUCCUGUUAAGCGUACAACUCAAAUCAUUGAUCAUACCCCAGAGGGUUUAUCAAAGAAUGGGUAUGAUCAUUUCAUGCUAAAAGAAAUUCAUGAACAACCAGAAACGGUAACUCGAUCUAUGCAUGCUCGUCUUGAUUUCCAAACCUCCACUGUUCAUAUGGAAGGAUUUGAUGAUAAUGUACUCAACAAACUUCGAGCUGCUAAUCGUAUUAUGUUAAUUGCCUGCGGUACUUCUUUUCACAGUUGUAUUGCUGUUCGUCCCAUCUUUGAGGAACUUCUUCCCGGGAUGAAUAUUUGUGUGGAGAAUGCCCCAGACUUUAUGGAUCGAGAACCCACGGUUCACAAGAAUGAUCUCUGUGUGUUUGUUUCUCAAUCUGGUGAGACUGCGGAUACAUUAGUAUCUCUUCAACACUGUAAAAAGAGUGGUGCUAUUCUUGUGGGGCUUACAAAUGUGCCGGGAUCGAGUGUACUUCGUCAGACGGAUUAUACAAUGAUGUUAAAUGCCGGUGUGGAAGUGGGAGUGGCCUCUACAAAGGCAUACACCUCGCAAAUGAUUGUACUUACCUUAUUUGCCUUAUUGCUCAGUCAAUAUGAGAGUAAGAGUAAGGAUUAUGAACGUAUUCAGAAACGACGAGUGGAGAUUAUACAUGGACUAAAUGAACUUCCAUCGGCGAUUGGACAUUGUUUAAAGAAUGUGGAAAAGACUGUGAAGACUAUUGCGGAGGAGUGGAAGGAUGCGGAUACGAUAUUGGUACUGGGUCGUGGUUACGACUACGCCACCGCAUUGGAAUCCGCAUUAAAAGUAAAAGAAGUGAGUUAUGUCUAUACAGAAGGCGUUCAUGCGGGGGAAUUAAAACAUGGUCCAAUUGCAUUGGUGGACUCACAGUCAAGAGUCAUUGCCUUCUGUACACAUGAUCGUUACUUUGAGCGGAGUAAGAGUGCUAUUCAACAAGUAAAGGCACGGGGUGGACGACUGGUGUCUAUUAUUACACAAAAGGAUAUGGAGAUUGCAAAGGCUGCAGAGUUGUGUGUGGAAGUUCCAACAGUGGUGGAUUGUUUACAAGGUGUGAUUAACAUUCUGCCACUGCAGUUACUGGCGUAUUAUCUCGCUGUGCGCCGCGGGCAUAACGUGGACUGUCCACGUAAUCUUGCAAAGAGUGUCACAGUGCAGUAA